GUUGGGUGGCAGGAACCAGAUACAGACCAAACAGGUGAAAGCGAGCGAACGAAACACAAUACACCCAGACCGGUGGGUUUUCCGGGAUUCGAGAACGCGGAAACAAGGGCUGGAAGUAACUCAAAAAGAUGAUCAUGAAAGCAAUACACUACUCGCUGCUGGCAGCGCUGGCCCUGAAGCUGUUGGGUGUGUGUUACGGGUGCAAAAUUUCCGAAUACCCGUGCAAAGGUGGUGCCAGCUGUGUGCCGCUGGAUAAAUACUGUGAUGGACGCGACGAUUGUGGCGAUGGCAGUGAUGAGCCGAAGAUGUGCACAGUGUGCAACCGGACGUACUACGGUGAUAUAGGGCGAACGUACACACUCACGGUGCCGCCACCGCAGUGGAACCGGCUGCCAUUUCUCUGCCAUCUUACGUUUACCGCUUCCGGUCACGAACAGGGUGACAUCGUGCAGAUUAUCUUUGACAAAUUCACCGUCGGCCGGUUCGACGAAGGUCUCAUCGAUCCGGAUAUGGAUUCCAGUGAUGCGAGCCUUACCAGCGGUGGCGAUCUGCCCGGCUGCCCCGAAGGAUUCAUGCAGCUCAGUGAAUUGGGACGCCCAUUCACCGGUGGAUCCUGGUGCGGGAAGGCUUCCGGUCAUCAGCUGUACUUCAGCGAAACAUCUACGGUGACAGCAUCUGUCAAGGUCUUUCAUGCACCGAUGCAGGCAGGCACGCCGUUCGAAUUUCGCAUCCGGUACAAAUUCAUAAGUCAAUCAGAGGCUAUUGUCAGGUACGGUGCACCGAGCGAAUUGCUAGAGCUGGGACGGGUCACACCGGGGACGUACUGUACGCGACAGUACGACGAAUGCUAUCGGAAAAAGUGUCGUCUCCAGAGCCCGAACUAUCCCGGAAUGUAUCCACGCAAUGUCACCUGUUAUUGGACCAUCCGGCAGAAGGUGGUACCGACCUGCAAGCAUGCCAUGGUCGCAAUCAGCCAGGAAAACGAACACAAAGCGCUUGUUAAACGAUCCAUUGCCAGCUUAAACAAAACAUCGCGUGCGGUACGGGCCUGGUCGGACUGUACCGGCGAGCGGGAUCAUCUGAUCUUUUACGACGGUAGCAGCACCAACGAUCCGGUACUGGCAAAGUACUGCGGCGGAGACUGGUUGCCGCGUGUCGUUUCCCGCGGUCCGGAAAUGCUGAUCGCCUUCCAUUCGAGUCCCUUCUCCGCACCGCUCCAGUCCGGUCAGUCGAACCGCGGUUUCGAGCUGGACGUCGACAUCCUGUUUGCCGAUUCCGACUCGUACGACUUUGCCCAGGGCAGCAAGUGCGAGUUUCACAUCAAUGCCUCCAACCCAGAUGAAGUGUUACUGUCGCGCCGUGGCAGGAUGGGCCAUUUGCUCAGCCCGCGCCAUACGCUCGCACCGAACACGACCUGCACGUACUACUUCCACGGUAUGCCGACGGAUUUGAUUUGGAUAUCGUUCACACACUACCAUCUGCAAAUCCUGCAACCGAGCAGCAGCGGGAGCGAUAAUUCCACCAUCGGACGGAGCGAGUCACCCUUGCCGUGGAUUACGCGUACCCGCAUCUGGGACAGUGCCGGUACGUACGUCCCGGUACGCACCACCUCUCCCGCAAGCAUUCUGUCCUCGCCGGGCGGUCCUUCGACCACGGCGUACGGUUCCACGCUGGGUGGUGGCGUACGGGAAGGCGGAUCAUCCGCGUUGCCGGGGCUAACCACGACGACGGCACUCUACCAGCAGCUGAUGAACCGAACCGUCAACAGCUACUACACCGGUGUCAAUCAGAACGGCAAGAGUCUCAAGAUCAAUGUGGACAACGUGUGGAACCCGGUGGAUCAGUACAUCUACGGGCCGACGGUGAACAGCAUCUUCAACCAACCGCCACCGACGGCUCCGAGCGAGGGUGGCCGCGGUCGGGGCUCGUCCGGCUAUGGAUCGUCCGGACAGGAUAAAUACGCCAAGCACAAGGGCAAAUCCGAGCUGGGUGCCGGCAAUUACGUGCAGUCGGUACGCCACGGCAAAGACUCGUCCGGGGGUUACGAUCUUGCCAAGGACCAUGGCCGGAAGGACCGGCAAUCGUCCAAAGCGGCACCGUACGGGUCACGCCGCUUGAUGGCGGAAUUCUUCGACAAUGAGGCUCCGAAGCUGUGCGACCACAUGACGCUCGAAAGCAAAGGCCAUGGGAUGCGCCCGUGCACACCGUUGGAAAGCUACGUCAGCACGGGACGGGAUUUGAAAAUUGAAUUCCACACCAUGACCGGUACAUCGCUGUUUCCGUCGAGCUUCGGUAUCAACUAUGAGUUUGUGGACACGGAGCUCGGUGGCGAUCCGUACCUGGGCGAGCAGAAAAAACCGCGCGUUCCCCAGGAAGAUCUCACGCAGGCGGCCGAUCCGUCGCUGCCGAUACUUUGUUCGCGCGUGUUCCGCAAGCGGAAAGGAGAUUUCCAGUCACCGCGGAACGUAUUCCUUCAUGGUCGCGGUGGUGCGAAGAACAUUUCCUGUCUGUACCGGUUCGAAGCAUCCGUUGGCGAAAGGGUCCGCGUCGAGCUGUUCAACGUGUCGUUCGGUGAGUUUGCGACCUGCGUUACCGAGAGCGAUGGUCAUACGGGGCGGGCCCGUUGCAGCCCGUCCGAAACCGAACCGGACAGCCGGAUCGGUGAGCUGCGCAUCUACGACGUGCCCUACCCGGACGCCCGCAUCCCGCUCGGUUGCUUCUGUGACAACACCAGCAGCACCUACAACGCCCCGCUUACGUUCAUCUCCAACUCGCGCACGCUGGAAUUGACGUUCGUCGUAACGCGGCUAAACAUUUCCGAGGAUUUUGCGGACGUGUACUUCCACGCGGCGUACGACUUUAUCCGGGUGCCCGAGUGUCGCCGGAGGCUGCGGUUGCGCGGCUCGGGCGGUGAGGACGAGAUGAACUUUCCGCUCCGUUCGCACGAAGCGAGCUGUGACGGAUUGCCGUGGUACAUCGAGGCACAGCAGCAGGACCGCAGCCUGUUCGUGCGCACCUGGGGCAGCUUUCUGCCGGUGGAACCGACGGCGGACGAUUUUGCCAAGUGUAACACACGCAACCGGCUGAUCGUGUACAGCGGUGUGCCGCUGAAGGUGAUGCGUGUCAUCUGCCCUUCGCCACCGUCCCGAGGGUCCGCCGCGUUGCACAUCUUCAGCGAGGACUGGCUGAGCAAUCAGCCGUUCCUGACGUUCGAUAGACCGGUGAGUAUGGUGCUGGAACCGAUACACAAGGAACCGGGCAGUAUCGGGUUCUCCUGGCUGGAAAUUCAACGGACGAAGGCGUCACUCAUCCAGCAGCUCGAUCUACAGUCAAACUUUACCACCAACGAUACGCUGGUAGAGUUUGGGCUUUAUCCACGCGAGACGGAGUGCGAAUAUCGGUGUCCAGAGCUGGACGCUUGCAUCGGUAGCGCCCUCUGGUGUGAUGGUCGACCCAACUGUCCGUCCGGGUACGACGAAAGCGAGCAGGAGUGUGGCAGCCGACUGAUCGAGCUCCCGGGCGGAAUAUAUGCGGCGUUCGGGUGCGUUGCUGCCGCCAUUUCCGCCUGUCUCAUCUUCUGCCUGCUGGUGAUGGUGAAGAAGCGGCGCAAAGCGAACGAAAAGCUCAAACCAACGGUCGGUACCGGUGCCGCCUCGCUCAACGGCACGCUGUCGAAGAAGGACUACAAGAAGGAACCACUGUUCUUCGAUCCGGACUCCUGACACGGGCUGCAACCGGUCGAGUACAUCCACGUCGACCGGGAAACGACCGUGUGACAUGCUGUCUACCUGGAUAUGGAUGAUCUGGCGUACUGCUAGAUCGCUUACCACGUUCUCGUUCCUUCCACGUCCGAUCUGGCAACCCCAUGCCUUCUUUCUUCCACCUUUCCCCACCUAUGUUUUCUCUCUCAUCCCCCACCAACCCGCUCUAUUUUCUUCAUCCCACUUUUAAAACCCAGUGAAAUGAGUGAGCGAUCAUACAACCCAAAACGACAGCAACACGGUAAGCGACAGUACACACAACCCCAGCGUGCUAGCGUUGUCAAGCGAGAUCUGACGAGUGAAUGCAGCAACGAACUCAUCCACCAUCCAGGUGGCGAUGCCAACAAACAAACAAAGCAAACAAAACAAAACAAACAGGACAAACUAAUCUCCCUCCCGCAUACACAGCAUACCGGAUCGAAUGUACUCGAUCACCUAGGUUAAUCGAAUGGCAGUAGUUGUGAGACAUGGAUGAUGUUCUUUUCCCUUUAGAAGCACUUUGAAAACACGGCAGCUGCGCUCCGUUUUGCAAGGUGCAGAAUGUUGAACGGGAAAGGAAGAUGUCCGGUUGGGCUGUUUGGACCUUCGGGCAAAUUUGCGGUCGGUCGUUGUAUGUAUUCUACCGCUGCGUGAAAAUGUGAGGCUACCGAUCGAUUUUCAGUACCACUACAGGAACGGAGAAGAAGAAGGAGAGAGAGGGUAGGCGCUAUAAAGGUAAGAAAUCGUAGCACAAACACUGUUUCCUAGUAAAGAAAAAGCAAACAACAAAAAAACGUAUAUUUAAACUAUCUAGUUGAACAAAUGUAGCAGCACGUAAAACAAAACUAGAAGCACAAACAAAAACAAAACAAAACAAACUAAAUCAUACACAAAUGGAAAUCAUGCAAAUGGAAGUGGCGCAGCAGAGCGGAAUAAGGACGGGAGAGAUGGAUACGGGAAACCAUUACCAAAAACGAAACCCAACGGGCGGGGGAGGGCGAGAAUGGGGUGAAUAAACACACACACAAAUGCGCCACGGGGUAGGUUCUCUAAGUGUAGCAUACAUUCUAGUUCAUGUUUCAGAUCCUCCGAUAUCCGGCUCCUUAUCCGCGCUCGUGGGUCAGGCGCGGGCCCCACAGGAGGACAGUGGACUGUCUUCGAUUUUAAAUGAUAGAUACAGCAUAGCUACCAUUGCUAGUGAGAAUGGUGAUAGCUUACAAAAAAAAGAAGAAAAAACAAACGGAAUACUCCCGAUGCCGGGAGUGAUAAAGUCGCACGUUGAUACCACUAAGUGGGGUUAAAAUAUAAACGUUUGCGACCAAAACGCGAGAAUCCGCAUUGUUGUUACUUUGUUACACCGACUUUGUUCGUGCGUUUGGGGCAUAGCUUUUACUUUUACUAUAGCGUAUGCGUGUGUGUGUGUUGUGGUUCUGUUUUAGCACAAAUUAUUAUUAAUUUUGACUAAAUUGGAACUGAUGCGGAACCAAUGGGUUAAGAGGUGUUUUUGUGUUGUAGUCUAAUUGAUAGUGCAAUUAAAAUGUUUUGAAUUUUUUUAUCAUACCUAAAUUGUUUUCUUGAAGGGAAUGCUUUUAUUUCCAUAAUGAUAGGGACUAAGAUAAGUAAAAAUGUUUGCCAAAAUGUCUCACUGUCACACAACACUGUCAGCACCAAUAAGUUACCGAGAAUGCUUGAGGAUAUUACAAUUUGUGCGAGGGAAAUCACACCUACUGUUUUCAAAAACUUCACUGCCACAAGCUAAGUUGAAACUAUUCAAUACAUCAAGGUAAAUUCAAGGUGAAAAAUGCCAA